UUCAAUGACGUCACACAGGAGGAAGAACAAAACAAGAUGGCGUCUGGCGGAGAAUACGUUGUUUUGGUUAUUAUGGUUUCUAGGUCUUAAUUACGACGUACAUGUGCACAUGUGUGUCGCUUAACAGAGUAAACGUCGUUAUUAAUUGUUUGUAUGCGGAUACAUUAGUCUGAGUGCACUUAUACGUGCUAGCCUAGCUUAGCUUGUUAGCUGCUAACAAAGAGAGGCGGAAGUGAUCGACACAUCAAAGCAGAGAUCCAAUACUUCUGUGAAGAACAUCUUCUCUCUGAGUAACAGAAUUGGAGCUUCAGGAUGGACAAGGAGGAGCCACAGCCCUUCCACAUUAAGGAGGAAGAAGAGGCGCCACAUACAUUGCAAAUGCAAAGGGAAGAAAAUAACCCACUGACCUCCCAUUUUAAAGAGGAAGAGGAGGAACACAGCAUCAGUCAAGAAUGGUUGGAGGAGUUCCAUGUGAUUGUGAAGAGUGAAGAUGAUGAGGUCAACAGUGAAAGUGAGGAGAGGGGUGGGGGGGAGCCUCCAAGCAGCAGCUCAACUCAACACAUGACAACAGAAGCUGAUGGAGACCACUGUGGAGGAUCACAAGCAGACAAGCUCUUAGCUCCACUAUCAGAUAGUGAGGACACAACGUCACACUCUCCUGACACUGAUGAUGAAGACUCUAAAGAUGAUAAGACAUGUCACACUGACAACACACACUUCACAUGUUCUCUCUGUGACAAAACUUUUCAAUAUCCUAGUAAAUUGAAAAGACACAUGAGAACACACACUGGGGAAAAACCUUUUUCAUGUUCAAUCUGUGGUAAAGAUUUUACUCAGAGGCACGAUUUAAAAAGACACAUGAGAUCACACACUGGAGAAAAACCGUUUACAUGUUCAAUCUGUUGUAAAGAUUUUACUCGAAGGGCCUAUUUCAAAGUACACAUGAAAAUACACACCGGAGAAAAACCCUUUACGUGCUCAAUUUGCGGUAAAAGAUACACCCAACAAAAGUAUUUGGAAAGACACACAAAAAUUCACUCUGGUGAAAAACCUUUUAUCUGUUCAGAAUGUGGUAAAGCGUUUUCGCUAAGUGUCUAUUUGAAAGUACACAUGAGAAUACACACUGGAGAAAAACCUCUGUCAUGUUCAGUCUGUCAUAAAGGUUUUAUACAACGUGGUGAGUUGAAAAGGCACAUGAGAACACACACUGGUGAAAAACCUUUUACAUGUUCAGUAUGUUGUAAAAGUUUUAUACAAAGACAGCAUUUGAAAGUACACAUGAUAACACACACGGGUGAGAAAGUGUGGAGUUGCAGUGUGUGUGGUGAACGUUUCUCUUAUAAGUCCCAGUGUAAGAAACACAAGUGUGUUGGUGAGAACAGCAGCAGCAAAUAAAGAUGCAGGAUUUGAAAUAAACUGUCAAAACUUAACUUUGACCUUCUGACAUCAGCACAUAGAUUCUAACAUUUAUAGAUUAGAUAUAGAUUAUUACUUUUUCAGUCAAGUACAUGUUUCAAUAUACAACAUUGUGUACUUUUAUUUAAAAAUGAACACAACACUUUGACUGUAAAGGUGAGAAUAAACAGGACAAAACAUGUUACAAAUACUUUUUGUGUCUUCAGAGAUUUUCAGAAAUAAUUUGUAAUAUUAAUGAUGUUAUAGAUGAUUUUCUUUAUAUGAUGUACAUAUUUGUUUUACAUGUGUUCAUACAUUUUCUAUUGAGUACACAUAAAUCCCUCUUAGUUCAUAUUUACUGGUUCACAUCUGAAACAUCUUCUGGACCACUUCUGGAAGCAUAUUAUUAUUUACUUUAUACAUCAUGUGAACAGUUGUCUUUUAUACAAGAUCAUUUACUUUUGAAAUGUGUGACUUUAUGAAUCAUUUGUUGGGUCUCAAUAAUCCAUUCUUUUAAUUAUCUUUAUUACUCUCUUUUGUAAUAUGAACAUUGUUUUAUAUGUAUGUCCCCUUUAUGCAAUAUGUAGAUGAGAGAAAAAUGGCAACAUUAUAUGUGGAAAGUUAUGAAGGAUUGUUUUGUUUUUAAUAAUCUACAUUUCUUAUUAAAAAACUACACAUGACAA